GAGCUGAAAUGCGAAAGGGUUAGGAGCCGCAGGAGGCCAUGAUUGGAUAAUGACUGACGUGGAAAGUGUCAUGAGUGAGUAACAAACUUCGGGGGGAAAAGUCUUGAGAGCCAAAUCCGUCUCUUCUCUGUAAGCUACCGGAGGUUUCAGUUGGCACAGCAGAAUGAAUCUGGACAAAGCAGAGCUGUGUGAUUCACUGUUAACCUGGUUACAGACAUUUCAGGUGCCAUCAUGCAACAGCAAGCACGACCUAACAAGCGGAGUGGCCAUUGCACAUGUGCUGCACAGAAUAGACUCCUCUUGGUUUAAUGAGACAUGGCUAAGCAGAAUCAAAGAGGAGAGCGGGGCCAACUGGCGCCUCAAGGUCAGCAACUUGAAAAAGAUUCUUAAGACAGUGCUGGAAUAUUAUCACGAUGUGCUUGGUCAUCAGGUGUCAGAUGAGCACUUGCCAGAUGUUAACCUUAUAGGAGAGAUGGGAGAUAUCACUGAGCUGGGCAAGCUGGUGCAGCUUGUACUGGGCUGUGCUGUAAGUUGUGAGAAAAAACAAGAGCAAAUCCAGCAAAUAAUGACACUGGAGGAAUCUGUCCAGCAUGUUGUAAUGACAGCCAUUCAGGAGCUCUUAUCAAAGGAGCCUUCAUCUGAACCAGGAACCCCAGAGACCUACGGGGACUUUGACUACCAGUCCAGGAAGUAUUAUUUUCUGAGUGAGGAGACAGAUGAGAAAGAGGACCUGAGCCACCGCUGUCAAGAAUUAAAACAUCAGUUGUCAGUGGUGCUGGAGGAGAAGUCGUCCCUUCAGGCAGAGUCACGGGCUCUGAAGGAGAAGUUGAGCCGCUGCGAAUCUAUGGAUGCCUCCACCACUGCCAUCACUGGCAAGAAGCUGCUGCUGCUGCAGAGUCAGAUGGAGCAGCUUCAGGAGGAGAACUACAGACUGGAGAACAGUAGAGAUGACAUGCAUGUGCGGGGAGAGAUAUUGGAGCGUGAGGUGGCAGAGCUGCAGCAACGUAACGAAGAGCUGACCAGCCUGGCACAGGAGGCCCAGGCCCUCAAAGACGAGAUGGACAUUCUCAGGCAUUCGUCUGACCGGGUGAACCAGCUUGAAGCACUGGUGGAGAGUUAUAAGAGGAAGCUGGAGGAUUUGGGAGACCUGCGCAGACAGGUGCGCCUCCUGGAGGAGCGCAACACCGUGUACAUGCAGCGCACCUGUGAGCUGGAGGAGGAGCUCCGCAGGGCCAAUGCUGUCCGCAACCAGCUGGACACCUACAAGAGACAGGCUCACGAGCUUCUCACCAAGCACUCGGCAGAGGCAAUGAAAGCUGAGAAGUGGCAGUUUGAGUACAAAAACCUUCACGACAAGUAUGUCGCAUUGCGGAAAGAGAAAGAACGUCUUAUCUCAGAAAGAGACACACUUCGAGAGACAAAUGAUGAGCUCAGGUGUGCACAAGUACAACAGAGGUGUCUCAGUGGAGCAGGAGGCUUAUGUGAUGGUGAUGUCACAGUGGGAAACCUUGCUGCAGAGAUCAUGCCUACUGAGCUCAAGGAGACAGUGGUGCGUCUACAGAGUGAAAACAAGAUGUUGUGUGUCCAGGAGGAGACCUACAGACAGAAAGUAGUGGAGGUGCAGGCUGAGCUGGAGGAGGCUCAGCGCAGCAAGAACACCCUUGAAACUCAGAACAGGUUGAACCAACAUCAGAUCUCAGAGCUGCGUUCUCAAAUUGAGGACCUCCAGAAAGCACUCCAGGAGCAGGACAGCAAGACUGAGGAUGCUAUCUCAUCCUUAUUGAAGAAAAAGCUUGAGGAGCAUUUGGAGAAGCUCCAUGAAGCCCACACAGAUCUUCAAAAGAAAAGAGAGGUCAUUGAUGACCUAGAGCCCAAAGUGGACAGCAACAUGGCUAAGAAGAUAGAUGAGCUCCAGGAGAUCCUGCGGAAGAAGGACGAGGACAUGAAGCAGAUGGAGGAGCGAUACAAACGCUAUGUGGAGAAGGCGAGAACGGUGAUCAAAACCCUGGAUCCCAAGCAGCAGCCGGUGACUGUAACUCCUGACAUUCAGGCUCUGAAGAACCAGCUGACAGAGAAGGAACGAAAAAUACAGCAUCUAGAGCAUGACUAUGAGAAGAGCAGAGCCAGACAUGACCAAGAGGAGAAACUCAUCAUUACUGCAUGGUACAACAUGGGGAUGGCACUGCAUCAGAAAGUGUCCAGCGAGCGCCUGGGACCAUGCAACCAGGCCAUGUCCUUCCUCGCCCAGCAAAGGCAGUCCACCAACGCCAGGAGAGGCCUAACACGACACCACCCAAGAUAAAACCUCCAGGCACGAGACAAACAUGCUGAAAUAAAGUAUAGAGAAGAUGAAUUGAUCUACAGCAAACUUCAUCUGAACUCCCGUAACUUUGCCUUUAUACCUUCACUGGAUGCUGCACAUCAGUGUUUUUCAUUCUGCUGCUGCCCCCUGCUGGCUCUUAAUGAUACGGGAAUUUAUUAUUUUCUCUGUGGAGCCCCACAGGAGAGAGAAACUACUGUUAACUCAGCUGUUGAUAAAAUUCAGGGUUAACCUAUGGAAACAGAAAUGAUGGAGUAGAAGGAGUUGUAGGGCCUGAAAAGAGGCUGCCUCACCUUUUAAGGUGACUUUUUAUUUCCUCUUUAGCCUCUUGGACUCACUCCUGUUUCUUCAAGGUCUCUUUUAAAUAUUUUUUUAAUAUCUUUUAUGUUAUACAAUAGGAUGGAAUUUGAACUAGUUUUGUCAAGGUUACAGUUUAAAUGUGGCAGAUGAGGGAAGAGUUAUUAGGGGUAAUACAUUUACUGUAAAUGCUAAAGAAGACAUAAAGCUAUACAAGUUAUAGAGUGCAAACAGAUACAUUUAGCCAUUGUUACAUCUCUCUGGUAUUGUUCAUUUGUUUUGAAUUUUCUCAGAAUUUAUUUUUGUCUUCUAGAUCCUGUGUUUUGAGGUGAGUUUUUUGUUUUAAUUUGAAUGACCUUGAAAAGAUGUAAAGAGCAUGAGAGUUGUUUAAUGGCUUAAGUCUUGUUUUUCUUUUUUUCACUUUAAUUUUCCCUGAACAUAAUGUUCAUAAUAAGAAAUUAUUAGAAUUUUCACAAGAUACACCAAAGCACUUCAUCUUUAGAUGGGUGGGUUUAUUCAUUGCCUCGCUAAACACUCUGGAUGAUACAUAGAUAUAGAUAUAGAUAUGGAUAUAUAGAUAUGGAUAUAUAUAGAUAUAGAUAUAUAAUAUAGAGGAAACUGAAGUUUGAUUUUCUCAAGUGUUCUCAUUUAUUGCCUAUGAUUUUGAUUUAUCCUUUUUUUUUCAUCUCCUUCCCUCUUCCCAAAGAUUGAAGCAGGGUGUUGGUUGUGGGUGGGACCUGAUUGUAUUCACCACUUUAGGCUAAUGUGAACGUAGGUAGCUGGAAGCCUCUUAGUUUAUCACAAAGACUGGAAAACACAAUGUGAAUGAGUCCCUAAUUAUUAUAACACUAAAAAUAAUGACUCAGCUAAUGGCUUUUUAUCACUGCUUGAACUGGAAGGAAAUGUGUACAUCAAUAAGCUGGAAUUCUUUUGUUGUCUGUUGACAGGAAGUCAGAGGCAGAUACAGAAGGUAGAGUCUGCACUAGAUAGCUCAUUUAUCCACACUGCAUCUUUCCUUUUCAACAGAUGUCGUAACUUAAGUCUGUCCCUUAUCAGAGCUGCUGUUUUGUGACUUGUACUACGGCCCUGUAAAUGUUUGUGCUAUGAUCUACACAGACCGAAAUCCUGCUGCUGUAUGCACAUGUUUCUCUCCGGAUGUUUUAUUAUUUUUGAGUUGAUAUUUAUGGUGUUAAGUCAUUAUCUUUACUGCACAUGGUUGUCAGUGUUUGUUUCAUUUAAUGGUCUAGUAGACUAUAGCAUACUGUACUUCACACAGGGAUCUGAGGCAAGUUACAGAUUUGUAGUUCUGUCCGUUGUACUUUUGCACUACAAAUAAACGGGAUCUUAAAAA